AACUAUCACUUUCAAUCGCUGAGCUUCGUAGACAAGUCGGCAAGUCUCCGAGUCUGCAAGCGCAAACACUCACCCGAUUGCUACCUCACGCUUCUCAGGAGCACGGAUGUUAGUCUCGACUCAGGUUUCGCCAAAGAAGCUGGUCGUUUCCAUCCCUGGUUUAGCUGCUUUGAGCAGCCCGAGCUCUCGCGUGAGUCUUGGCUAAUUUCCGAAGUCGUUAUUCACCAUGAGUUCAGGGGCAAUACGAAAUUUGAGUACGUGGCAUAAAUUCGCCUUUGCCGCUCUUCAACAGCACUCUCAGCUCCAACUCUCUCAACGCAGGGCUCCAGCUCAAUACCACAUUUUCAUCCCUGCUGCUCACACCAACCGCUGCAAUUUUACGCGACAUGUCUGCCGGCAUCCUGCUUCUCGCCUGCUGGAAGCUGCUGUGGCUUUUGCUGUUGUCGGUUGUGUCAGCUGACGCACUGCCUGACUUCUGGUCUAGCUAUGAACCACAGAACUAUGCGACCGUAAACUACUUCUUCAUGAGAUUCAACGGCAGCAAGCCACAAAUCAUCGAAGCCAAAACACAAGAAGUGACUGCACCCCCUGAGCCUUUCACUGAUCUCACAAACCCUUCAUUACCCAUGGUGCUGUUGCCAGGUGACUCUCAACUUCAAAUUGUUCCAGGCUGGUUCGGGGGUUCCCACGAUUACGGUUUCGGUCACGAGCUGCAGGACUCGAAUGCCGUCUGCUAUCUCGUCUCUCAAGCCGACCUUGACGUCAACCCUGGCGAGAAAUGGUUUCAGACACGCGGGCCCCCAGGGGUGUCAUACUACGAAAAACUCAAAGGGGCAAUCUUUUGCACAAAAACGAAAGAUGGCGAGGAUGGGGACCCAAAGAAUAUGAUUCCCAUGUCGCGGUGUGGAUGGCAGGUUGUAGGUCAAAGCAACGAAGCUUACAAAGGCUGGUUCACAUUGACAUGCUUCAAUGACUUGGACAAGUGGUGUUUGCAUCCUGAUCAGCCCUGGAUGAUCACCCUCAGUUCAACACACACGAAACCCGAAGAUUACUGCACAGGUCAAGUUUGCGACUACAUCAGGCAACAACAACUAGCUGCUUCUGGGUGGUUCUCGCAAUGCCGUCCUUUGGAUGAUCUAUUCAAUAAUGGACCAGAGUUAUUGUGUCGCGAGUUGGCAUUUCUGAAGGAUCCGAUGCGAUAUCCGAUUCGGGAGCAGCACCCUUGCUUGACAUGUCAGAUGUGCCAAAAGCAUGAUUGGGCCAAUGUUCCUCUGAUCUUCGAGCCAGGUUUCAGCUGUGAUGGGCUCUCAAACGCUGGCAAGCAGCGCUCAAAACCUGCCGAGCUGCCUCACAUACCUUGUAAGGAUGACAUUAUGGUCAAGAACUGCCCAAAUCAUCCCAAGAAUUACAAGCUACCCGGGUAUUGCUACUACUGAUUUGCCAGGUACUGCGGAGGUGGGACUUAUCAUGGUGCGAACAACCGUCAUUGCUACGAACUUCGGCAGAGUGACUGCAAGAGAAUCAGAUUCAGUAUACGUGCUGUCGGCGCUUGUGCCUUCCCAGCCACCCAAUAUUCAAAUAGACAAAGUCUAUAAACUCUCUCCUGCCUUAGACCUGUUUUGUAGCUCUCGUAGAAUUUGAAAUCCAAAAAAGACGACGCAACAGACGCGACCGGCAAAUACACACAUGGGCGGCUACUUCUCGUCCUUCUUCAAGGGCCUUCUAGGGACGA